AGGUCGUUUUAAUGUGUGGACUAGGCUCGCAGAGAAUCCAUCGGUGCGCCUUCAUGCAGAGCAGAGACACCCCCCUUAUAGAGCAGAUCUUUCACGCUUUGUUUGCUAUCCAGAGCUAUUGCUUUCUCUCUGCUCAAACGCCUGAUGCCAUUGGAUCAAUCUUAUUUGACGUUUGACAGAUUUUUUGUCGAGCAUCAUUAAAUUCAAGGCGUCUGUGCUGAAUCUGGAAACCCUCCUAAAUCCUUGCACACGAUGGUUGGACGUCCGUCAUCAACCCUGUAAAAAGUAGCUUACAAGAGUCAAAAGACUUUCCAAGACCAGGUGAGACUAUGGCACAUGUAGAGGAGUCUCAGACUGAAGGAGAGGGCAGCCCUCAGAUGAUCUCCUUAAGAUCAGACAUAUCAGGAAACCAUGUGGAUGACGGAGAAUCAGGACCCUCUAUAAGGAGGAAGAGGAGGAAGAAGAAAGACCCACGUCCAGAGUCCAUUAUUGUGUACAGGUCUGAGAUGGAGAGGACGUCUGGAGAGGAGCAGGGUGGUGAGGAGGGAGGAGAGAGGAGCACAGAGGAGGGGGCUAAAUUCCUCUGCACACCUACAGGAGAAGGUGGAGGCUGGAGCCUUCCUCCAGACAGCCGCUACGUCACACUGACAGGCACCAUCACUCGAGGAAAGAAGAAAGGCCAGCUGGUGGACAUCCACCUCACUUUGACAGAGAAGGAAAUCCGGGAUCUGGCCAAGUCAAAGGAACGUCUUGAUGCUGAGUGCGAGGCAGGCGAAGGAGCUAAACGCACCUGUGGCUUAGGCUUUUGCCAGGGACCCCACGUCGUCCUGUGGAGCCUCUCCUGCGCCCCUGUGGUUUUCCUCCUCUCCUUCAUCACCUCCUUCUACUACGGCACCCUCACCUGGUACAACGUCUUCCUGGUGUACAAUGAGGAGCGGACGUUCUGGCACAAGAUAACCAUAUGCCCCUUCCUCAUCAUCUUCUACCCCAUGCUCAUCAUGCCCAUGGCGCUGUCUCUGGCUCUGUACUCGGCCGUGGUGCAGGUGUCCUGGGCCGCCAGUGAGUGGUGGCAGGCUGUCAGAGACCUGGAGAAGGGAUUCUGUGGCUGGGCCUGUGGGAAGCUGGGGCUGGAGGACUGCUCACCUUAUAGCAUAGUGGAGCUGCUUGACUCUGAUACGGUCUCUGGCACUCUGCAGAGCAAAGCCCCGAGCGAACUUGCCCAGACAUCCUCAGUGUGAAGAUGGGGUAGUGUCGGCACUUGUUCACGAAGGCUCUUAUUUAACGUGGUUUGACAAGCAUGUGCCACAAAGUUUACGAUGUACACAGGAAAGUAUCUAAAAACUUCUCACUUUUCUGCAACGUAUCAAACACUGCCAAGAGAUGCUGGUCUUUUACUUUAAAUCAGGGGUGUCAAACUCAAUCACAGCAGGGGCCGAAUUCUGGAUUCAGGUCUAACCUGAGGGCCUAACAGGGUCACCUUUUCAACCAUAAACUGUCAACCACAUUUC